AUGGCUCUUGACAGUUGCCCUGCAGGCUAUCUUGGGUACGCAGUAUACGGAAUGUUCAAACAUUUGUCGCUGCGCGUCCAGUGGACUGAGGCAGCCUUGGCGAUCGACAACCCUUGCGUGGCCUGGGAUCUAGAUCUUCUGCAGACUCCCGUAGAAUUGAUUAGCCUCAGGAUGCUGUGUGUGCGUGGACUGGGUCCAUUAGACGAAGCUACAUCCCAGGCUUGA